AUGAUCCCCCAGGGCUGGACAAGCACAGCGGCUUUCCCCUUCAGCAUCUCGCCGUUCAGCUUCGUCGAUUCUCAAGGUCAUUGGAUCAGGCGCAACAAGCUGGACUCCAACGAGGAGAUCAAGGGCACCGAGUCUGCUUCAAACCUGAAGCUGUGCUGGGGCAUCUGGAGCAAUGGCGCGCCAAAGUUCUACCACGAAGCAGGCACGGUGAACUUUGAGGAUCCACCCCCCAUGGCCUCAGCCACUGUGAGUCUGUCCACCAAGAUGCAAGAAGCCGUUGCUCCCGUGAUCAUUGCAUUCAAGACGACGGCAAGCCGAUCGGAAUAUGCGACGCCGACAGGGCAAACGAUGCUGAUGCUGCGAUUCAUGGACGUGAGCACCAAGUUGGAGCCCUUCUUCUACUCCACGGAACAGGGCAUCCGGGGUGUGUACGCCAUGCCGCCCUACCAGGAAGUGACGAAGCCACAGCAGAAACAGCAU